AUCAAGUAGCAACUGAACCAAGUGGUUUUUUUAAUUAAAAUUUUUUUUGGAUUUUUUUCACUCAAAAUUUAAGCAGAACAAAUUUUUAGUUAAGCAAUGGAGGAGCUUGAACAGAGCCAGGAGGGGACUAAAAUCCAGACAGAGACGAACACAAUACACGGUCCCAACGUACACAGCCAUGUGUUGGGUCUCGCUGCCCUCGCUAGAUUUAGCUCUGUUCGCAGCACUGGCUCUGGGUUCCACAUCGAUGGUCAGGCCAUUCUGUCGCCUCUGUUGACGCAGACGAAGCGGAGCGAUAUGCAAGUGUCCAAGCAGAUGGCUUUUCAGCUGGAAAACAAGUUCGAAAAGGACAGAGUCCCAGCGGGCCAAGAGCGAAGCGGCCAUGGCUACACCUCCGUGGCCAGGCGGCGGGGUCUGCCUCAACUGCAGCAUUCCAAAACGGACAUUUUCGAGCAACCACCUAGAACCAAGAAGUUGUCGCCAGGUCCCCAGUCUCUCGGGCUUAAAAUGGCAAAUGCCAAGAAUGCUGGUGGCUAUGCCGUUCAACUAUUGCAAUCGCUCACCCUGGAGAAGCCGUCCCAGGUGCUGGUGCAGCGCAAGGCGGAUGCGGAGGCCCGUGAACAGGCCCACAUUCAGCCGGAGAUAGUUGGAUCAAAGGCUAAAGGCUACUCACCCAAACACCAGGAGCGCUUGGUUCAGCCGAGCCUGGAACAAGAAAUCGACCUCAUGAUCGAGCGCACCUUGAACGAGCAUGUGAACGGGCUGAGAAACUACCUACGUAGCCACAGAGACCGAUUCAUCCAGCUGCUCCAGUCCCAGUAUGACGAGCGCCUGCGCAUGCAGCAAGAGUUUGACCGCCAGCAGAAGCUGCUCAUCCAACAGAUUUGCGCGGAAACUGACUUGGCUACCAGAAGUGGUGCCACCUAGGCCUAGGACUACUGCGCCAAGCACACCGCGAUUCUGACAGCAAGCGUCCAACAGCAGACGCAGAAAUUGGCCCUGAACCGAACCAAAUCUAACCUCUGUUUCGCUCGCCAUAUUUCAGUCAAAAAUAAACUAUAACUUUGGCUACCUUUUA